AUGGUGCUGACCGGCAAACGUUCGGAGAAAGGUCCCGCUCGCUGGAAGAGGAGAGUCAAGUCAGAGUACAUGCGUCUGCGCCAGCUCAAGCGCUUCCGGCGAGCCGACGAGGUCAAGAGCAUGUUCAACAGCAACCGUCAGAAGAUCCUUGAGCGUACCGACAUUUUGAACCAUGAGUGGAAGACGCGGCGCAUCCAGCCCGCUCACAUCAUGACGUCGGUGGGCUCGCUCAGAGGCACGCGAGAGUGCACGGUGGACAGCGGUUUCUCCGAGUUCCCCCGGCAGGUCAUCCCCCUGAAGACCCUCAAUGCCGUGGCCUCCAUACCUGUCAUGUACUCGUGGUCACCACUGCAGCAGAACUUCAUGGUGGAGGACGAGACGGUGCUCUAUAACAUUCCUUACAUGGGCGACGAAAUCCUGGACCAGGACGGCACGUUCAUCGAGGAGCUGAUCAAGAACUAUGACGGAAAAGUCCACGGAGACAGAGAAUGUGGCUUCAUCAACGACGAGAUCUUCGUGGAGCUGGUGGGUUCUCUGGCGCAGUACAGCGACAACGAGGAAGACGAGGAGGAAGAGCAGGACUUCAAGACCGAGAAGAUGGACGGCGCGUGCGACGGGCAGGACGAGGCACGCGACAAGGCCAACAAGGGUAGGGCUCCGUCGAAGUUCCCCUCGGACAAGAUCUUUGAAGCCAUCUCUGCCAUGUUCCCUGACAAAGGCACCACGGAGGAGCUCAAGGAGAAGUACAAGGAGCUGACCCAGCAGCAGCUUCCCGGCGCCCUUCCUCCGGAAUGCACGCCUAACAUCGACGGUCCCAACGCUCGCUCGGUGCAGCGCGAGCAGAGCCUGCACUCCUUCCACACGCUCUUCUGCAGACGCUGUUUCAAAUAUGACUGCUUCCUUCACCGUGAGUUGCCCGUCUCCUUCCACGCCACGCCCAACACGUACAAACGCAAGAACCUGGAGAACCCGGAGGACGGCAAACCUUGCGGCGCCGACUGCUACAUGAACCUGCCGCGGGUGAGGACGUCCGAACGGUCGGCCGCCCGGACCCGAGUCACGUCGGCCUCCUUUCAGGACGGCGUGGCGGGAGACGGGGCGGCGGAGCGUGCCAAAACGCCCUCCAAGCGCUCGACGGGGGGCCGCCGGCGCGGACGCGCGGCCAACGGCGGCAGCCGACCCGGCACGCCCACCGCCAAAGACACGGACAGCGAGGGCGGCAAGGACGACGAUGACGACGAUAACAAGGACGACAACAGCGGCUCAGAAGGCAACUCUCGCUGUCAGACGCCCGUCAAGCUGAAGCUUCAGCUUUCGGCCCAAUCGACAGAGUGGAACGGCGCCGACGCCUCGCUCUUUCGCGUCCUCAUCGGGACCUACUACGACAACUACUGCGCCAUCGCUCGGCUCAUCGGGACAAAGACGUGCCGACAGGUCUACGAGUUCCGGGUCAAAGAGUCCAGCAUCAUCGCCCGCGCUCCCGCCGAAGAUGAGGACACACCCCCCAGGAAGAAGAAGAGGAAGCACCGACUUUGGGCCACGCACUGCCGCAAGAUCCAGCUCAAGAAAGACGGCUCGUCCAAUCACGUGUACAACUACCAGCCGUGCGACCACCCCAGGCAGCCCUGCGACUCGUCUUGCCCGUGCGUCACCGCCCAGAACUUUUGCGAGAAAUUCUGCCAGUGCAGUUCCGAGUGCCAGAACCGUUUCCCCGGUUGCCGCUGCAAAGCUCAGUGCAACACCAAGCAGUGCCCGUGCUACCUGGCCGUCAGGGAGUGCGACCCGGACCUUUGUCUCACCUGCGGCGCCGCCGACCACUGGGACAGCAAGAACGUCUCCUGCAAGAACUGCUCCAUACAGAGGGGUGCCAAAAAGCACCUUCUUCUGGCGCCGUCCGACGUGGCGGGGUGGGGCAUCUUCAUCAAAGAGCCGGUCCAGAAGAACGAGUUCAUCUCGGAGUACUGCGGCGAGAUCAUCUCCCAGGAUGAAGCGGACCGCCGGGGCAAAGUGUACGACAAAUACAUGUGCAGCUUCCUCUUCAACCUCAACAACGACUUUGUGGUGGACGCCACCCGCAAAGGCAACAAGAUCCGAUUCGCCAACCACUCGGUCAACCCCAACUGCUACGCCAAAGUGAUGAUGGUGAACGGCGAUCACAGGAUCGGCAUCUUCGCCAAGCGCGCCAUUCAGACGGGGGAAGAGCUCUUCUUCGACUACAGGUACAGUCAAGCGGACGCUCUCAAAUACGUGGGCAUCGAGCGCGAAAUGGAGAUGGCGUGA